GUCUUGACAGGGGUAAAAAGCGAGGCGGAGGACUUUUCUGGGAUGGGAACGGGCGAGUGUGUCCCAGUGUUUCCAGCUCCUGACAGUUUAUCGUGGCGGGGCAGACACACACAGGGACCGGCGGAGCUCAUGCGGACCGGCAGACACACAAACCAGCGGGACUCGGGAGCGCUGCGGGGGUCCGGAAAAUGGGAGCGGUGAAGUGAAAAACGUCCGAAAAGCUGACUGUCUGGAGGAACGGCACCAAAAACAUAAUGGCACUCCUCUUGUGGCUUGGCUUAUUGCUGCUGGCCUCUGUCCAGUCCAGCGCUGUCAAGAACUGCCACCCUGGUUGCCGCUGUGAGGUGGAGAGCUUCGGCCUGUUCGACAGCUUCAGCCUGACCAGGGUGGACUGCAGAGGGUUGGGACCCAGCACCACCAUGCCCAUCCCCAUCCCACUGGACACUGCCCACCUUGACCUGUCCUCCAACUCCAUGGGCCCGCUCAGUGACACCAUGUUAUCUGGUCCAGGCUACACCACCCUGGUUAGCUUGGAUCUAAGCAGCAACCAUAUAACAAAGGUAAGCCCCAAUGCUUUGUCCAAGCUGCGUUACCUGGAGACUCUGGAUCUGAGCCACAACAACCUGGAGAGCCUGGCCCCGAGGUGUUUCUCUGGCCUCCCUCUGGCUGAAGUUGACCUCAGUCACAACAUCUUCCAAGAGUUCGACAUGGACGUGUUCACUACUAAAGUUAAUGGUGAACCUGUCACGGUGGAUUUGUCUCAUAACAAGCUUGUGUCUGUCACCACGACUUCGCAUGGAAGAAUAUCGCACAUCCAAAGCUUAAAUCUGUCUUCAAAUCGGAUGUUGAGCGUACCGAUGCUGGCAGGACUUCCGCUGAGGUACCUCAAUCUAGAUGGUAACCCUAUCACCUGCAUCAAGGAGGGAGCUUUCGCUCAGCUGAAAGAUCUGGUUUAUUUAUCCAUCAGUGGCCUCGAUGAGCUUCAGGAAAUCGAGCAACAAAGCUUCAAGGGCCUCCAGAGCCUGCAAGUUCUGGAUCUCUCAAACAACCUCAAGCUUAAGGCUCUGAGCCCUGCGGUUUUUAGCGGACUAGACUCACUGCAAGAGCUGAAUUUGUCUGGCUCUGGAGUGGUGUCUUUGCCAAAUAACAUGCUGACCCACCUGCCCAGUAUUAAGAGUAUCACACUGGGAGAGAGCAUCAACUGCUGGAGGACCCAGAAACAGGGACAGUUCCACCGGCAGCUGGGUCAAGUCCAACACAAUGAGGUGCUGAACUGCAAUGUGGAUGGUAUCGUAUUGUGAGACUGUGGAAAUGGACCGCUCCUUUAGGGAUACUCCAUCACAAGUGCUUGUCGGAUGGUCGAAGAGCUUCGGAAAUCCACAACCCCCAUAUAUUCCAGACUUCAGACUGGCGUUGGCUGUGUCCGACCAUUUUUGUAACUUCCCGAAGCUGAAAUUCAUACCCACAUUACACAGUUGUUUUAAUUCAUGACACAACUAUUUCUGUAACUUCUCAUAUGAACAAUCGAUCCCCCCCCCCACCCAUCUAUGAUGGCUGGCCUCUCAUGCUGCCUUCUAGUGUAGCCAUUCGGAGCAACUACAAACACUUUUGAUUUACAAUGUGCUCGGACAACACGUUGUACGAACUAGUCCUGAUAGAGAAUAUCUCCCGGCCCUUACAAUCCUGAUGCCAGAGCUGUGCCUUAUCUGCUUUGAUAUGCAAAACACUUUUUUUUGUGUUUCUCACUUUAUUGCCUCUGUUCCGAGGUGAAACUGGAAUAUGUCUUAAAGGUUUAUUAAUGUAGCCUUCAUGAACUCUUGACACAAAUAUCAUAAAUGCUGUAGCUUUUUGAAACACAAUAACAAAAUGUACAGCAUUUUACAUAGCACAGAACAACUUAUUUUCAUCAAAACUUUAGACAAUGUUCUCAUGUCAUGAACUUCAUUUAAAAUGGGACCAUAUUAAGAGUUAUUUGCACUCGCUCCAGUCGUGGUAUUGUUUUUAAUGAUGCACUUACACAUGGCCUAAAUAUCACCCAGUCUAAUAUAAAACCUUCUCUGCAUUGCUCCUAAUAUCCAUUGAAGAAUAUUUCAUGACUGUUGACCACUACGAUUUAUCAUUUGACUUUGAAUGUGAUGUUUUAUUGAAAUGAUUAAAGGGAUAGUUCGACAUUUUGGGUGAUGCACACAUUCGCAUUCUAGCAGAGAGUUAGUUCAAAAGAUUGACAGCUAACCAGCUUCAAGUUAGCUUAGCUUAGCACAAAGACUGGAAACAGAGGGAAACAGCUAGCCUGAUCUUGACCAAAGGUAACAACAAAUUCACCUACUAGUACUUCCAAAGCUCACUAAUUAAUAAGUUAUAUCUUGUUUGUUUAAUCCAUACAUAAACCAAGUCUAAAAACAACGUUGUGGUGUGGUUGUAAGGGGAAGUACUCUUUGCUGUCUUGCUGUCACAGUGAGGUUUCAAGGCAACCAGCGGAGAUACAACCACAAACGGUUGUUUUUACAACUUGAGUUUUGUGUGCAUUAAAGCAAAAAGAUAGAACAUGUUAUUUAGAUUAGUGCAAAGUGAAUUGGAUCAAGGGAGGUCCCAGUAUCCUAAUUCUGCACAAUGCUAUCCCUACACACAACACAGUCCUAACCCUAAUUCUUUUGACAUCUUUAAAGUUUAGUGUUAAGCGAUCUAUGUGUUAACACAAAGACACAGUUUUGCAGUUGUUUAGUCCCUCAGCAGGAUUGCUAUACACAGGGCUUUAGAUAUACCAAUGUCCACAAACUGAACUUGCUGAACUUGUUUUGGGGCAUCAACGCAUCAAAGUAGUUAUUUUUAGACAAUUAUUUCACAACUGUUUUUGUAUAGCCCUUCUGAAAAAUACUGUUGACCUCAGUGGUCAGUACAGCCAUGCUCAUCAGAAAUGGUACUCAGCAGUACUGAGUACCGGCUCAGAGGGGCCUCAGUCUUCUUAUUUAACUAACACUCUGCUAGAAAGCUAAAUAGUGCAUUUGCCAAAAAUGUGAAACUGUACAAUCCAAGGAAUAUAAUUAUUAUAUUGAGCACGGUCUGGUUGGGAAGCUUACAGUAAAGUCUUGUUACAAACACUGUAACUAAACGUAGUUGAGUAAAAUGAGAUGUUUUCUUGUUACACCCACAAAACGACCAUUUCAUUACUUGAAUUUGUUUCCACGAACACAAGUCUGACAACUUGUCCAUUGUGUUUCUACAAUUUAUCUUCAUAGUGACACUAAGUUUGAUGUGCAGCCCUUGCAAUUUAGGUGCGUGCAGCCCUUGGCACGGUGCUCACUGAUCAGUGUUUUGUUAGUUUUUCAGGACAUUACACAACAGGAGCAAACAAGCCGUGACCAUAUUGACCAGGACUUUAUUUUGACUUGCUGUCAAAUUAGUCUCCAGUUGAGCAAGACACCUGUUUUGAACAAAUUUGACCAAUGAAGUAGGACAACUUUCGCUGGAAAUGAAGUGAUGCAAGUAUACUUUGUGUCGAUGUUGAUGUAUAAACACCAAGCUGCACGGUGCUGUCUUGUGUACUCUUACCUUGACAUUCCUGUGGUAUUUCUGUGGAGCUAAGAGGAUCAUCAGCCUCAAGACUGCAUAUUUGGGUUUUUGAAUGUCCGCAAUAUGGAAAGUCUUGAGGUAUUUAGUGUUUUGGUUCUCGAAAUUGUAAAGGAAAUCCGCCUUUUGAGUUGGUUAAUCGAAAGUCAGAUGAGCCCAGUCUAUGUGUAGAAGUUUAUAUUUGUAUGUAUGUAACUAUAUUGUAUAUAACUUUAUAUAUAUGUGAAUCAUAUGUGUAAUACAUUGACUAUUCUCACACUUGUGGUUGUAAAAAAUAGCAACAAUUGUUGGGUGUGUCGGUGAAGAAGCAUGAACACACAUUAAAAAUAAAACGAGGGAAUAACGCGUCACUGCCGACACUGCA